UUUAUAAAUAUUACAGCUGAGUUUGUGUUUAAUUCUUACUGUUGCAUUUUAAAACAAGUGAGUUGAUAAUUGAAGUCAUGGCUCAGUAAGGAGAAGCAACCUGUGAAAAAAGUGUACAGUAUCUUUAAACUGUCUGUUUGUUGAAGGUGGAGUUUGAAAGGUUUCACGGGGACACUGGUGUCAUUUUCCUCUCCUAAAAAGACAUAAAAAGACACAUUACAGAAAACAUAACUCAGGAUAUUGAUCCCUCGUCUAACAGGUGCAAUAAAGUGCUGUUAAAUGUCCUGGAAUGGGGCAAUAAAAGUUACAAUAGUACGUUCACUAAACACAACAGGAAACCUAAUUGUGAUGAGAGAUGGCUAGCGAUGUAAAUAUUAGAAAGAAAAGCAAAAAUGACAACACACCAAGAAAACAUUACUCUUUUUAAGACUGAACAUAUUGUAGGACUGUAAAUUAUGAAUUUUCUAGCCAUAAAAUACAUAUUAAUAAAUUAAAUGGCAAUCAGAUGUAUUUCAUUGAUUAUUAUUACGAUUAAUAAUAACCUAGUAAUUAAAAAAAUAUACAUAUACCUAAGUUUACAAUAGCAAAACUAGCCCGUUUUCCCCUCCGCGCUCUGUCUUUUCUGAGUAUUCACGGAUUCCGUCGGUCUGUCACAACAGCAGAGCAUAGCAGCAGAGCUACGAAUAAAAGAGGUCUCACCCUGUUGCUUUUUUGGAGUAUCGUAUUGAGGCUAAAAGGAAGCCCCUGAAAAGUACAGCAUAGACGCGUGUUUUAGUCCAAGUUUUCCCCAUCCAAACAGUAUACACCCACAAUACGUUGUGUUGUUUGAUUUUCUUUUCAUAUUCUUUCCAUUCAGUUAAUUGAUCAUUUAUAUUUAAAGUUGAAUGUCAUUGAAUGUCAUUAUUUGCGAGCACGUGGCUUUGGUAGCAUAAUGCACUCACUUAAGUUUCUUAUCUGUUUUAGUAAAACAGCUAUUUUUCUAACUAACAACAAAAUACGCGUUAACAAGACAAGCCACGUCCUUCGUUGUUAUCGCUGCGGAGUCAGACCUCUUGUUUCGUAGACGAUCUCUGUCGUCAGCCUCUCUGCGUGUGUCAACAUCGGGAGAUGAGCAACGAACGACAACUUGCGGCAUUUUUAAGCUGGAAUUUAACGUCAACGUGUUGUUCGCCUGUGUGAGCGAGCAGCUCGGGGAGCGGCGACGAGAACCAGCUGGUCAGCAUUCAGGAGUGACAGCAGCCCCGAGCGUGACAUGCAGAUGGAGUAAUUAACAACCCCUCUCAUGGAAGCCCAGAGGAAGAGCUCUGUGGAUAGUGACGGAGGAGAGCGAGGCCUGCUCCACACCUGGAAGGGAUACUCCUGCAGUGUCACCCCAGAGAGACUGCUUCUACCCCGGCCGGUCCUUCAGGUCGCCCUGGGCAUAAGACAUGGAGUUCUACUGGUGGAAGGGGGACAGGUGUACAGUUUUGGGGAGCUGUCGUGGAAGCAGAGUCAAGUCCCUGCAGGACCCGCCCUCGAGUGUGCUCUCAGUGGGCAGCGUGUGGUUGCUGUUGCAGCUGGAAGUUUCCACAACGGGGCAGUGACAGAGGAUGGCGGCGUCCACAUGUGGGGGGACAAUGGUGCAGGGCAAUGCGGCCUGUCGGGCCUCAGCGCCGUCCCUAACCCGACUCCGGUGGCUCUGGUGGACACCAGCCCGCCGCAGACAGUGCCUGUGCUGGAGCUGGCCUGUGGGGAGCAGCACACCAUGGCCCUGACUGUUCAGCGAGAGGUAUGGACAUGGGGCAGCGGUUGCCAGCUAGGGCUCAACGCUGCCACUUUUCCUGUAUGGAAACCACAAAAGGUUGAACACUUAGCAGGCAGGUAUGUACUUCAGGUGGCCUGCGGGGCUUCACACAGCCUGGCUCUGGUGCGCUGCCUGGGCCCCCAGGACGUCCACCGGCCCCCCGUGGACAAAUGCAGACAGUGUAACCAGCUGCUAUACACUAUGACUGACAAAGAGGACCAUGUCAUCAUCUCUGACGGUCACUACUGCCCUCUGCUAGCUGAGCAUGAGGGGAAGCUGGAGGCGCCCGCCCGCGCCCACGGACUAAAAACAUCCCCAUCUGAGCCAGUCCUCGCCUCCCAUACAUCCAACUCAAACUCUGAUUCCCCAGCGCCUCCUGUUAGUGCCGACCUUUGCUCUGACCCUACCCUCAUCCAGGACUUGGAGAAGGGGGAAUCAGCCUUGGCUAACGCAGUGCUGCCUUGCUCAGACUCUGACCCCAGGACUCAGUCCAAAGGCGGCAGUGGCAAUGGUGCUGUAUCCGUGGUCAAGAGUUCGCUCUACCCAGACGAGCAGGCCGUCAAGGACUACCUGAAGAAACUGUCAGACAACACACAGACAGACGCAAAGACAACUGCUGGAGGGCUGCACAUCCUGUUGCCUUCGGCCGGAGGGCUCGCCUCCAGCCCGAGUGCCACGCUCAACAACCUGGUGGCCUCCUGCGCCUCUGCAGUGGGUGAGCGGGUGGCCUCCACCUACGAGGCCCUGUCCCUCAAAAAAAUGAUGAACUACCUUCCCUCUAGGUCAGGCGGGCCCACGGGUCUUAGCGGUACUGUCCCAGGGGUAGGCGACAACAUUACAGAGCGUGUCCGCCAGGAGGACUCCAUGCAGGCCAAGAAGAGCUCCAGCACGGGGGACAUCCGCGAGGAGGAGGCCGAGGGUGUGCGGCGGCGCCUCUCACUCCCAGGACUCCUCUCACAGGGUAGAUACGCUGUUCACCUCUUAACAUCCUCCUAUACCCUGCUGCUGUCCCCACGGCUGCUGAGAAAAGUCGGUCGUCCCAGGAUGCGCGCUGUCGCCCUCACCCCGCUAGAAGGGGCAGUCCCUGAGGCCCGGGAGGUGCUGCCCACCCUGCAAACGGAGGUGUGGAGCUGGGGCCACGGCGAGCACGGACAGCUGGGACACGGAGACAACCUGGCCAGAUUACAACCACUGUGCAUCAAGAGUCUUAAUGCUAAGGAGGUGGUGCGGGUGGCGGCCGGCGCUCUUCAUUCCCUCGCUCUGAAUGCUCAGUCUCAGGUGUUUUCAUGGGGCAGCAACAGUUCUGGUCAGCUCGGACACAUGGAGUCACCCAGCACAGUCCCCCGUCUCGCAAAGCUGUCGGAGGGCAUCCGGGUGUGGGACGUGAGUGCCGGAGAAAAACACACCCUCCUGCUCGCAGACGGCGACUGCAUCCAGCCCAUCAUUUAUUACAGCGGGCAGCAAGUGAAAGAAGGGGAGGAGGAGAGUGAGGCUAAGGAGCCGGGUCAUCAGGAAGACGGAGAGGAAGAGCAGAAGUGGGCAGGGGGCUACACGCCGCAGCCUGUGCUACUCCCUUUCUGCAUGAACCUGGGAUACGUCAGCAGUGUGUUUGCGGGGGGCCGGCGAUGCGUCGCGCUCUCGGACAGGAAUGUGAUGGGCUUCAUCGCCAGCCUCCACGAGCUGGCUGCGGCCGAGAGGAAGUUCUACUGUAAGCUGUGUAACAUCAAGACACAGAUGCUACGCCCCCUGCUGGAGCUGGAAUCACUGAGCUCGGCCCUCGGCUCUGUGGCCUUUGGCCUCCUGCAGAGUCUUGCAGGUCACUUCAGCCUCCUGUGUCACCUGACUGGGCAGCACGCUGCCAGCCUCACAGCCAACCUGCGCCGCGGGCGCGAUGUCAAAAGUCUGAUCAUCCUCGACCACUCCAGCAUCUUCCUUGACUCCUAUAACGAGUAUUGCAGCUGUCUGGGCAACUUCCAUGUUAUGGGAGGUGUUCAGGCCCUGAUGAAGCCCUCGCUAGAUUUCUUUGGGAAGAGUCCCGAUCUGCUCCAGAGGCUGUCAGAUUGCAGCGAGGAGAACGCACCCGUGGCCGACCUGCUGUUGGCGCUCUUCUACCUCCCAACUCGCCACCUUCACGAAUACGGCCGGCUGCUGCUCAAACUGGCCACCUGCUUCGAAGUGUGCUCCGACAACUACCAGAAGCUACAGGACAGUUGUUCCAAGUUCGAGGCUCUGGUCCUCCAGCUGAAGAGAAAAAGAAAAGAGGCUGAGUACACAUGUCACUUCUGGAAGAGCUUCCCUGGCAAAAUGACGGUAAACUCGCUGAGUGACUCCCUGAGGAAGCCUCACCGCCGGCUGGUCUGCGAGAGCAGCAACAAGGCUCUGACCCUGCAGAACGCCGGGAGGUUCUCUGUCAACUGGUUCAUCCUUUUCAACGACGCAUUGGUCCACGCACAGUUCUCCACCCAUCACGUCUUCCCUUUGCCCACGCUGUGGGUGGAGCCCAUCCCAGAGGAGAACACUGGCACAUUUGGUUUGAAGGUGAUCACACCAGAGGAGACGUUCACCCUGCUGGCUUCCUCUGCGAUGGAGAAGGCCAAGUGGCUCCGCUCCAUCAACCAGACGGUGGACCAGGCUUUGAGCAGAGCUGGGCAGGACACGGCAUCAGUCAGCUCCGGGUACGAGCCUCCGAUCUCCAGGACGGCCUCCUACACUUUUUACAAGGACGGACGUCUGAAAGAGGCCACGUAUGAAGGUCGCUGGCUUGCUGGCAAACCCAACGGCAGGGGAGUGUUAAAAUGGCCUGAUGGGCGUAUAUACACAGGAGAGUUCAAGAACGGACUGGAAGAUGGCUUUGGUGAAUUUGCCUCUCCCAAUAAAGCACUCAACAAGAACGAUCACUAUCAAGGUCACUGGAAAGACGGCAGGAUGCACGGCCUGGGGACAUACAGGUACGCCAGCGGUGAGGUUUAUGACGGAUCCUUUCAGGAUGGCAUGCGUCACGGCCACGGCAUGCUGCGCAGCGGCAAGCUCAACACCUCUUCCCCCAGCGUCUUCAUUGGCCAGUGGCUGCAGGACAAGAAGACCGGCUAUGGAGUCUUUGACGAUAUCACGAAGGGAGAAAAGUACAUGGGCAUGUGGCAGGACCACCUGCGGCAGGGCACUGGGGUCGUCGUCACCCAGUUUGGCCUGUACUACGAAGGAGCCUUCAAAGAUAAUAAGAUGAUGGGAACUGGGAUCCUUCUGUCAGAGGACGACACAACAUAUGAGGGGGAAUUCUCUGAUGACUGGACCCUCAAUGGGAAGGGUGUACUGACCAUGGCGAACGGUGACUUCCUGGAGGGCUCCUUUGGUGGCGAGUGGGGCUCUGGCCUUAAGGUGACAGGCUCCUACUUCAAACCACACCUGUUCGACAGUGACAAGGACAAGACCCACGUGGUGAAGCUUGGGCGUCUGUGUGUGUGCUCGGAGGAUAAGUGGAAGGCAGUGUUUGAGGAGUGUUGGAGUCGGCUGGGCUGCGAGGCGCCGGGCCAAGGAGAAAACUCAAAGGCCUGGGAGAACAUAGCCGUGGCCCUCACCACGAGCCGGUGGCAGGUCCAGGACAGGCCGGAGAUUCUUUCUCGGAGUCACAGCAGAACCCUGGAGAGUCUGGAGGUCAUCCCGCAGCACGUGGGACCCAUCACCAUGGAGAGAUAUUACACCAUUCGCCUGUACCUCAUCAAGGCGUGUGACACCCCCCUCCACCCGCUGGGCCGGCUGGUGGAGACCCUGGUGGCGGUCUACAGGAUGACCUACGUCGGCGUUGGAGCCAACCGACGACUCUUGCUUCAGGCUGUCAACGAGAUCAAGUCUUACCUCAAUCGCAUCUUCCAGAUUGUCAGGUUUCUAUUCCCCGACCUGCCAGAAGAGGGCGGACAAAUUUUAGAGUCGACCACCAUCCUCCAGGACAAGAAGGAGCCCGGCUCCCCUGAUUCCCCGCUGGAGUCCCCCAAGCCUGUCCGCGUGGUGAGCAGCUCGGCUCUGCUGCUUCCUGUCCUGCUGCCUCGACUCUACCCGCCGCUCUUCACACUCUAUGCUCUGGACAAGGAGAAGGAAGAUGGCGUCUACUGGGAUUGUGUCCUCCGCCUCAACAAACAGACCGACGUCGCCCUCCUUGCCUUCCUAGGCGUCCAGCAAAAGUUCUGGCCUGUUACCAAUCCCGUCUCCUUGCCGGCACGAGGGGAGAAGCAGCAGGUCCUCUCCAGUACCAAGGAUGCCUGUUUCGCCUCUGCAGUUGAAAUUCUCCAGCAGAUCAGCACAACUUUCACCCCAUCUGACAAGCUGCAGGUGAUCCAGCUCACCUUCGAGGAGAUCACCCAGGAGGUCCAGUCACUGCUGCAGCAGGACUUCCUGUGGUCCAUGGACGACCUUUUCCCUGUCUUCCUCUACAUCGUGCUGCGAGCUCGUAUCAGGAACCUGGGGUCAGAGGUCAGCCUGAUUGAAGACCUGAUGGACCCCAGCGUCCAGCAUGGAGAGCAUGGAAUCAUGUUCACCACGCUCAAGGCCUGUUACUACCAGAUCCAACAUGAGAAGAUCACUUAGUGCGGUGUCACUCCCUCAGUGAUCUCCGGAUUGAAGCCCCCACACAGCCAAUCACAGGGCCAGGACCAGCCAGGCUUUGGGAUGACCGAUGUGUGCAGCUGCCAGUCGGAAGCGGCAGAUCAUACAAACAGGUUGCAUACAGCUCCAUCUGCUGCUGUCGUGGAGAUGAGAGACCAUCUCUGACACACAUACAAACACUCUGCGGAGCUCUUUGCCCUCUUAAUGACCAUUACCAGCCUCUUAUAUGGGGAUCAUGAAGGUUCAUGUGUGACCUGCGCCACUUUAUACGAUCCAGUGUAAAACGAUAGAGUCCACAGCUGAAAGACUGUGGGGAAUCCUGAUGUGCGAGGUGUUGGGGGGGAAACAAAUAGAUAUUAUACUGUUGAUGCCUUUUUUAUUGGUUACCUGGGAAGGAAUAUGUUUUUUUUAGUUAAUGCCAAUAGGACUGGUUUGUUUUCCUUUUUCUUUUUUUUUUUGAUCAGUCUGCAUACUGUGAGAAAUCGGACCUCAUUUUCUACCUUCAAGAGAAGAAUCAGUUUUUGUCAGACCGCUGAAACAUGAAGUUUGGUCAAACACGUUUCCUUCUUUUUCCCUCCUUCAUUCUAAUUCUUUCUACUCGCCUGACACUGUUAUGAAGAAACGGAAUGACAGAACGACAUAAUCUCCUCAAAGCAUGUUGCUUUAUGAAUGUGACAAAACGUUUUAUUUAAUCUGAGCCAGCAGGAAUUUGUUUACCAGUUCAGUCUCGUGUCUUAUCCACUGCAUGGAAUCUUGCAGUUCUGCUCGGGGAAGCAGCUGUGUGCUGCUCCUUAGCGUCGGUGGGAAACAAAACAAAACAACCAGUUAGUAGAUUUCAGUUUAACAAUAGAAAUGUGGUGAAGACAAAUUGGUUAGUUUCAUGAGUGCAUGUCUUGUUAACCAACCCAACUUCCAUUUAGAGGCGACAAAUUGCCACUACUUUGAGCUUUUCAUGUGGAACUGUCUUCCAUGGAGUGGAUUGGACAGCAAGGUCUGAAACUGUGUCUAUAUUAAUCCAAUUGUGUACAGCAUGCGGUGGGUAAAUGUAAACUGACUUGACUAUAACUCUAAUGAAUACGGUUCAAGGACUAAGUGUUGCUGGGAGAGAGUCAAAUCCAGGGCUGACAGUUUUCUGUGAGACCGAUCAUCACAGUGACUUGAUUCUUGAACAUCCAGCUCCAGAAAAGUAAAAUGACCGGACUGUUGGAACACGAGCUGCAGCUGGAUUUAUUGACUUGAAAGCACACACUUUUUUCCAAACACAAGCUUGAACUUUCAUGGUCAGAUGGACCUUCAACUUCUUGACCUAAAAAAAAGUGCACAUCCAUAGUGUAUUUGUUUCCUAAUACAAAACCAGGAAUAAGCAAAAUCUGAAUACAGUUAAAAGAGAUGGUCUUUCCUAGACAAUCCAAAUGCCUCUCGUGUCGGGUUCUGAGCCCAGAUUUCACAAGGUGCCGCCUACACUUCACUUCAAAAAUAAUGUGGUUGAAACUGGUGUCUUGAGCAGUUUGGAACUCGACAAACGCAUCAUUACCGUUGUGUAAAAAAUCAAGUGUUAUCAUGAUUUAACGUUUGUUUAAAUGUUAGUAGUUAUUACACUGUGUUUGUUGCAGACAAGGAAGGGACAUCCAACAUGUUUUUUGAGGGCUAACCAUCAUUUGACGAUCACAGCCACAAAAGCUGGUUGCUCUUUAAAAUAAUGAAUACAAAAGGUUUUCUUUAACAUUUGAUCUUAAUUUCAGUCCACAGAGAAUUGGCUCAAUACAAACAUUGCUAUUUUAGAUGAGACGUCCAAAGCCGAUUCUCUGCCUGUAUAUCUAUAAAUUCUGACUGUUCCUUUUAAAAAACAAACAUAUAUGGCACUAACUGUAAGAUAUUUUUGCUUAUUUGCGUGACACACACGUCAGUUUAUAAAACGGCUUAAAAGAGGAUGAUUGAGCCUUUUUCCUUUUUUUUUAUGUCAUGGCUUUUGUUUUCUCAGACGGUUUAACAACAGAAAAUCCAUUGGAUCAGAGGCCCCCUUUUUGAGCGGAAUGAAUUUAGGUGAAGCUGCAGGAUUUUGAAAGUAGGUGCCAAAGAUUCAAAUUCAUAUGCAAGGUUUUAAUCGCGCUCUUGCGCUUUAUUAAACCAUAACUGAUAUAAGGAUACAUUUUGUGUGGGCAAAUAGCACAAUAAGUCUUCUGUACAUGUUGGUGAAAAGCCACAUAAGUUAAAGCUUUUGCAGAUGAAUUCGGCAAAGAUGGAAACAGAAAAACCACAGAAACAGGCCUCACUCGUACUUUUGUGACUUUAAAAAACAAUUGCGAUACAGAAACGCUCUUCUGUCGCAUAACGAGCUCUUGUUACUGCUUAGACCGUAUGUGCCUGACACUCAAAACAGUGAAGCAAUAUCAUCUUCCCCAAAAAUCAAUGGGUGCACUGUAGGCAACAACAAAAAAAAAUUCCCAGGUUUGACAAUAUUUUGUCAAUCGUUAUGUUUGUUUGCAUCUGUACUCUGUCCCUAACCCUCUCAACACAACCUGAAGAGUUGCUGCUGCCACUUGACAGGAAGGAAACAACAACAUCUUUAGUGGACAACACAACUGGCAACUGAUGCCUAACGGGACAUUGUUGUAAUAGUUGGACUGUGACUGACUACCGUGAUAUGAAGUGAGAAUUAAAAAUCCUGACUGAACGGUUAGCCUAUGUGGUUAAAUAUAAACUGUAGAUAAUAUCCAAAAGCUGUUGUUGGGUUCAUGAUUUAAACCCUGUGACAACUGACUGGUUAAUUCACUCACCUCCUCGACUACUGUUUACUUUGGAAGUUUCUGAAUUGUGUAUAAAAAAGAAAUUACUGUUGUGUUGGUGGAGUUUACUGUUUCCUGGUUCACAUUUUGUGUCUCAGCUGGCUGACGUGACGCCCACCUGCGUGUCUUCUUUUACAUGAUGUCACAUGUGUUGUACCUUUAAAUGAUAACAAAGGGCAAUAAACUAAUUUGAUGGACA